CAUCGAUUGUUUAUCAGAUCUACUCUUCUUUCAUAGGGACGCGUUUUUUCAUAUUGCUGAUAAUUUUCUUUCGCACAUAUCCAACAUAAUUUUGGAAAGAAAAACAUUUGUAUUUGAAUAAAAAGUUGCUUAGACACUGCAAACAGAAAAACUAAGAAAAUGGCGCGGGAUCUUUCUCCGAACGGAGAAACUGUGGAGAAAAACAAGGAAAGCAAGGAAGCAAAAGACGUUAAGGCAGUGAAUAACAAGGUAAGUUCAUCAUCAAAUUCAAACCGCGGAAGGGAACGAGACCGUAGGAGGAGAGGAAGUGCAUCAUCUAGCAGUGAUUCGAGUGACAGUUCGUCGGACAGCAGCUCAUCGCGAAGUAGCUCUGGCUCCGAAUCACGUUCCAGCUCGUCAAGCUCAAGUGGAUCAUCGUCGUCGUCAUCAUCAUCUUCGUCGCGCAAAAGCGCAUCAUCGCAUUCUCGUAGCCGCAGUCCACCCCCAAAAAGACGUGAACGGUCUCGCAGUCCACCACCAAAACGCCGUGAACGUUCACGCAGCCCUGCUGCAAAGCCGGUAAGAGAAAGAACACGUUCGAGGUCGCGAAGUCCCAUUCAGAAGCCUCGUGAACGAACAAGAUCCCGUUCACCACCACCGAAACGCCGUGAACGUUCCCGCAGUCCAGUUACUAAGCCCCGCGAUCGCACUCGCAGUCGUUCGCGAAGUCCUCCUGCCAAGGCCAGAGAGCGUUCCCCAACUCCUAAACCAACACGCAUACACAUUGGACGAUUGACAAGAAAUGUCACAAAGGACCAUGUAGUUGAGAUAUUCAGUUGUUUUGGUGAAGUAAAAAAUGUGGAAUUUCCAACAGACCGCUACCAUUCAAAUUUCGGCAGGGGUAUUGCUUAUGUAGAGUACGCUACGCAUGAGGAAUGCGAAGCAGCAAUUAAACAAAUGGACGGUGGUCAAAUAGACGGACAGGAAGUUAACGUGUCAGCUGUUCUAACACCAAAAAUCAGAGGACCACAAAGACGCCCUUCACCAAUCAAUCGUAGACAGAAUGACCGUUGGCGUGCGUCUCCAAGAUUCAACAGAUUUAACCGAAAUAGACGUUCUCCGCCACCACGUGGUGGUCGUCGUUCGCCUCCUCGCAGGCGUUCUCGGUCUCCAAUACGCAGACGCAGGCGCAGCAACAGUUCGGACAGCUCUCGCUAAGUAAUUUAGUUUUGCGUCACAAACUAAAUCGGGCUAACUAAAACAUAGCGUAUAUUUAUCUUAUUCUUCAUACAUUUUCAUAAACAUGUAAAUGUAAACCCUAUAUUCUUGGUUCAAUAAAAAAUAUAAGUUUCAGUGACAAGCCAA